GGCAAAAGCUUUCACGGUGCGGACUAUUUGACGCGGCCGCCAAUUGGGACAAGAACAGUCGCCUGCGAUAAGUCGCCCCAAUCGCCUCACGGUCUUUUUUACUUCAGUACUCGCUCCACGCUCGAUCCAUCUGCCCGCCUGCCUUCACACUCGUAUUCUGCCGAUUCGCUGAGAGCUGAAAUUCGCGGCGAAAUAAUUUUAGCAACUUGUUAUCCGUCCAUGCCAUGCGCGAUAAAAUAUCACAACUAUUUUGCUUGCAAAAAAACGCAUGCAAAAAUAAUUCAACAGAUAAUAGAGGACAUAAUGUGCCAACAAAAGCAGCGAACAACGGGACAAUGUGCGCCAAUGGGUCUCUUGGGGCAGAAGGGCCCGAAGCGACAGAGACCGACUCAUCAGGGACCGGGCGGAUGCGGAAGCCGCUGGAGAGGAAUGGCUCAACGCAGAACGACGCUGUUCACCUCGAGAGAAGGCUGGGCCUCUUCAGUGGGGUGGCUUUAAUUGUCGGAACUAUGAUAGGGUCUGGAAUAUUUGUGUCUCCCUCCGGUUUACUGGUUCGUACUGGUUCCGUUGGAGUUAGCUUUGUAAUCUGGCUUGCCUGUGGUGUACUCUCGCUUUUGGGCGCUCUGGCAUACGCUGAACUUGGAACGAUGAACACCUCUUCUGGUGCGGAAUGGGCUUACUUUAUGGAUGCCUAUGGACCGGCGCCGGCGUUCCUGUUCUCAUGGGUAUCGACAUUGGUGUUGAAGCCAUCACAAAUGGCUAUAAUAUGCUUAUCAUUUGCACAGUAUGCCGUUGAGGCCUUUGUGACGGAGUGUGAUCCGCCCAGGGGUGUCGUGAAGAUGGUCGCACUGGUGGCUAUUGUGAUGAUACUGUUCGUGAACUGCUACAGCGUCAACCUGGGCAUGGCCGUGCAGAAUGUGUUCACCGCCGCCAAACUGGUGGCCGUGGUGAUCGUCAUCUGUGGCGGUGCCUGGAAACUGAUGCAGGGUAAUACGCAGCACCUGUCGAAUGCAUUUAAUGGACCGAUGCCUAACGUCGGAGCGAUUGCCACGGCAUUCUAUACGGGCUUGUGGGCCUACGAUGGCUGGAAUAACCUCAACUAUGUCACCGAGGAGAUCCAGAAUCCCAGCAAGAAUCUGCCACGCUCGAUCAUCAUUGGCAUACCGCUGGUGACGCUCUGCUAUGCCCUGAUCAACAUCUCCUAUCUGGCGGCCAUGUCGCCACAGGAGAUGAUCGAAUCGGAGGCAGUGGCCGUCACCUUUGGCAAUCGCAUACUGGGCGCCAUGGCCUGGCUGAUGCCCCUCAGUGUGACAAUCAGCACAUUUGGCAGUGCCAAUGGCACUCUGUUUGCAGCUGGACGUCUCUGCUUUGCCGCCAGUCGAGAGGGCCAUUUGCUGGACAUUCUCUCCUAUGUCCAUGUGCGACGCCUCACACCAGCCCCGGGCCUGAUAUUCCACUCGCUGAUUGCCUCGGCAAUGGUGCUGCAUGGCACGAUUGAUUCGCUGAUUGAUUUCUUCAGCUUCACCGCCUGGAUAUUCUACGGCGGCGCAAUGCUGGCCCUGAUCGUGAUGCGCUACACCAAACCCAACUAUCCACGGCCAUACAAAGUGCCUAUCAUCAUUCCCGUUGUGGUAUUGGUCAUAUCCAUCUAUCUUGUGGCAGCCCCCAUCUUUGAGACGCCUCGCAUUGAGUAUCUGUACGCCCUGCUCUUCAUAUUUGCUGGCCUCAUCUUCUAUGUGCCAUUCGUCAAGCUGGGCAUGACACCGCGCUUCAUGAACAAGGUGACGCUGUUCUUCCAGCUAUUGCUGGAGGUUGUGCCCACCUCAUCGAUGGCCAUGUUCGAGUGAACAAAUGCUCAAAGGCAAGAUGAAGGGUAAAGGGUAAAAGGUGUCAGAGAGAGACAAGAAAACAUUCAAACAUUAUCUACUAUACAAGAAUAUAAGAAUACUAUUUGAAGUACAGAAUGGGUAUGAGAGGAUACACACGAGAGAAGCAGGGGAAAGCAGAAAGCAGAAAGCAAAAAGGAGAAAGGAAAUAGCAACCUAUAUUGAUAUAUAUUGACGUUGUCAUUGACAAACAAAAACAAAAACUAUUUGAAAUAGUCUUUUUAUGCUAUGAGCUGGUUACAUUCAAAAGGUUAUAUAUGCAUAUACUUACGAUACAGAAAUAAGUAUAAAAUAUACACCCUCCCUCCCCAUAUAUAUCUAUAUUGUAUCAGAAAGGUAGCGCGCCUAGGCAAACGUUGCAUAGUUGAUAGGAUACCAAAAUAAAUAAGCAAAUGACAAGAGAACGAGAAUAAGAAAAAAAAAAAAAAACACACACACACACAUUUAAACAAAUUGGAAAGGUCCUUGCGGUCAAUGCGGUCCAGAGAUGAUAUGAUGCCGAGUUAGGUGCAAGGUUAAGGUACAGUCAUCGAAUGAAAGACAAGAUAACACCACCAAAAAGAAGAGUACAGUACCCACCUAAAGCUAUCCACAACAUCUGGCAACACCGAUGCCGCCGCAGAGCAUGCAACUUUCUUGUUUACCCUUUUUUUCGAGUUAUAUACAAGAUUAACGAUCUAGAGAUCUGUUUGGAAUAGCAAUAUAUAUGUGUAUAUGUAUGUGGGGAACUUAAGGAAAAAACAAACAAAAAACCA